AUGUCUCCUCUGUGGAAGACGGCAGCAGCAAUUGCUGUUGCUGCCUCUGGAUCUUUGGUCAAUGCCGUGUACAUCAACGGGUCCACCAUAACGCCAUGCGACUCGCUCAUCUACUGCCGUGGCGAGCUGCUCAAGGAGGUGGAACUUGCACGUCCUUUUGCUGACUCCAAGACGUUUGUGGACAUGCCCACGAUCAAGCCGGUGGACGAGGUUAUUGCAGCUUUCAACAGGCUCCAGAAGCCUCUAAGCAACAACACGGAGCUGCAGAACUUCCUUCGCGAGAAUUUUGCCCAAGCUGGUGGUGAGCUGGAGGAGGUUCCUGACUCGGAGCUCGAGACAGAUCCCGUCUUCUUGAACAAACUCGACGACACGGUCAUCCGCGAGUUCGUGGAAAAGGUCAUCGACAUAUGGCCCUCACUUACUCGGCGCUACAAGGGCCCUUCCAACUGCGAUGCUUGCGCCGACAGCUUCAUCCCUGUCAACCGCACAUUCGUCGUCGCUGGCGGUCGAUUCCGGGAGCCUUACUAUUGGGAUUCGUACUGGAUCCUCGAGGGCCUGUUGAGGACCGGCGGUGCUUUCACCGACAUAUCCAAGAACACCGUGGAGAACUUUUUGGACCUUGUAGAAACCAUCGGCUUUGUGCCUAACGGUGCCAGGGUCUACUACAAGAACCGCUCCCAACCGCCCUUGCUGUCGCAGAUGGUUCGCAUCUAUGUUGAGCAUACGAACGAUACUUCCAUCCUGGGCCGUGCCAUCCCGCUCCUCAUCAAAGAGCAUGAAUUUUUCAUCAACAACCGCUCCAUUGACGUCGAAGCCGCCAAUGGCAAGAAAUAUAAGCUGCAAAGAUAUGCGGUUACAAACACACAGCCCCGACCCGAGUCCUACCGAGAGGACUAUAUUACAGCCAGCAACAGGUCUUACUACUCACCGUCGGGCAUUAUCUACCCCGAGUCUCGCCAGCUCAAUGAGUCCGAGAAGGCCCUUCUCUACUCUCACCUCGCCAGUGGCGCCGAGUCCGGGUGGGACUACACCUCGAGAUGGCUGUCAACGCCCAGCGAUGCUGUUCGCGACAACUACUUCCCUCUUCGAUCGCUCAACACCAACAACAUCGUGCCCGUUGAUCUCAACUCGAUUCUGUACGCCAAUGAGGUCGCAAUCGCAGAGUUCUUGAACAGCACUGGCAACAGCACAGGAGCUUCGAAGUGGAUGGAUCUGGCCAAGCAGAGGAGCGAAGCAAUGUACGCGCUGAUGUGGAACGAGACACUAUGGAGCUAUUUUGAUUACAACAUGACCUCCAAGACCCAGAACAGGUUCAUCCCUGUUGACGAGGAUGCCGUAUCGCUCGAGACGAAUAACGCCCCAGCCGGCCAGCAGGUGUUUUUUCAUGUAGCGCAGUAUUAUCCGUUCUGGACUGGCGCGGCGCCCCGCAGCCUCAAGCAUAACCCCCUGGCGGUCCUCAAGGCGUACGAGCGUAUCGAUGCGUACCUUAAGAUCAAGGCCGGGGCCAUACCAGCCACCAACCUCAAGACGGGCCAGCAGUGGGAUGAGCCUAACGUGUGGCCGCCGCUGAUGCACAUCUUGAUGGAGGGUCUAACCAGGGUCCCGGCAACGUUUGGCAAGGACGACGUGGCCUGGACUGAGGUCCAGGAUCUCGCACUCAGGCUGGGUCAGAGAUACCUCGACUCGACGUUCUGCACUUGGUACGCCACGGGCGGGUCGACGAGCGAGACACCCCAGCUGCAGGGGCUCACGGUCGAGGACGAGGGAAUCAUGUUUGAGAAGUACGGCGACAACUCAACCAAUGUUGCCGGCUCGGGAGGCGAAUACGAAGUGGUCGAGGGCUUCGGGUGGACCAACGGAGUCCUCAUGUGGGUUGCCGACACGUUCGGCACCAAGCUGACAAGGCCAGACUGCGGCAAUAUCACGGCGGCCAAGGUGCACUCCGGGAGCUCCCAGGCGAGGAAGAGGGGUGAGUUGUGGAGCGCUCUGGAGAUGCACCCAUAUGACGCGGCGUGGACCAAGGAGUUUGGCGCCAGGAAGGUCAGGAGGGACAAAGCUACGGCGAAGGCGUUGAGCAGCGCCGUGGGCCCUGUGUAA